UAUUCAAAUACAUGUUCUUUCGUAGCAUCAGGCGGGGAGCAGUACUCUAGCUGUACAAACUGUGUGAUUGAUUUUUUAUUUUAUUUUGCUAUUUACAAGCAAUCAAGUUCGUAAAUUCUAAGGCCUACGAGUUUGUUUACAAGCAAUCACAAGUUCGUUUUUUCUCCUCUAAGUAAUUCUGCCAGGUCAAUACUUGGAUAGUAUCAAUCUAAAGAACUACAAAAACAUGUUUCGUGAAGUCUCAUUGGCACCGCCUUUGGCCAGCGCCGAACGGGGUGUUGUUUUGCCGAUCGACGUGAAUGCGACGCAUGUGGUGUAUCCGGCAGGCAACAACGUUGUUCUUCGUAGCCUCGAUGAUAGGUAUGGCAGGACGAGAAUAUGGACUUCCCAUACUUCCUUCUAUCUUUACUGUCCUACUUCUGUCUAUCUAGAAUGAUAUAGAAUAAAGAAUGAUCAUGACCCAUCCCCAGUAGGGUUGUUUUGCUCCACAUAAUUCUUUUUAUCGUGAUGAGAGCAUUUACUCCGCUAAAGGUCUUUCUUUAUUUCUUUCUAUCUUUACUACCAUGUUGAUGAGAAAAAAAUCUUCCUGCUUGUUGAAAAACUAUAUUUGAGAUUUAAGUUGUAACUUCCGACUCUGAGGCCUUUUUGAGGUAAGUAGUCCAAUGGGUCAACAUCAUACAUUCCAUGUUUUCCCUGUUGUCUUCAUAAUAGAAACGAGCUGUUUAUCUUCACGCGACACGGAUCCGCCGCGGUCACCGCCGUCCGCUUCGCUCCGUCUGGCGCUUACGUUGCGAGCGGAGACGCCAGUGGCAAAGUUCGCGUAUGGAGUACGAAGGGAGAGCGCCUCGAAAAAAAGGAGCUUAAUUUAUUCCCGGGGUCCAAAAUUAAGGCUCAAUUUCUUCGUUUCAUUUCUGUAAUAUAAUUUGCCACUUCUCACUGCUCGUUUCCUUGCUAGUAGGAUGUACUGCGAGAAAAUGGAAAGAGGAGCGAGUCACCGUUUCCUUCUUAGGAUGUCGUACUGAGAGAAAAUAAUGGAAGCUAGGAACAAAAUGAAGUACUUAAAUUAAAAGUAUGUAGUUAAUUAUUUAAGUAUGUAGCUUAUAAAGGUAUGUAGUUGAUAGACCUCUUCUAAGAGAAUUACGGAUAUUGCAUGGGACCCAGAUUCUCAGCGAUUAGCCGUCAGUGGCGGUGGCGCGAAUCAAGCUACCUGCAUCCUCGCAGAGACCGGCAACACAGUUGGACAAAUAUCUCAUCAUUCUAAGUUAUGACGUGAAGAUGAUGCGACUUUUUCUUAUAAUAUUGUCGACUCCUGAAGAGUCUGUCUUAGAUGAUUAGAAAAGCAUGUUGGUUUGUUUUUACAUCCUUGUGACGGAUUCUCAGUUUCCAUUGGAUGAAGUAUCCCUGUCUUCCUAGGGUCCCUCUUUUCCUCUCAUGUGCACGGAUCAACAGUGUCCACUACAAGCCCUCGCGACCAUUUCGUGUUGCCACUGCAGGAGAAGACUUCGUGGUCGCUACUAGUGCCGGACCACCAUUCAAAUUUGAAAGUAUGGCAAUAAUACUGUAAGUACUCUACUCAGGAGGGGCCUUCGCUUAGGUUGACGCGCAUCUACUAUUACAACUUUUUUCUUCAGGCGAGUGAGUCAUUUGAUUUUCAUUUUGAAGACGACCAACAAAAUUCCAAACAAGAAAUGCAAUCCUUACCCAAAAGAAAACUCUUUCUACCCUUUCAUUAUGCAAAGCGAGCAGUGUCAUCAGAACUUUGCGAAUGCCGCACGUUAUUCCCCUGACGGAGCGACUCUGGUCAGUUGCGGAUCUGAUAGUCGCGUCUUUCAAUACGAUCCUAAGACGGGAGGCAUGGAAAAAGAGCUCUGUGUAAUGCCCAGUGACAGCAAAUGCUCGCUGUGGGCUCUGAGCUGGCUCUCGGCAACUUCAUUUGCCUUAGCAUGUGGAGAUAAGUACUUACAACUUUUUUGAAAAACCAUUUUUUCUCGGCCUUCGUUACUAACUAACUAACCGACAACUAACCUUAUAAUACUACGGCAACUUUAUUUUUCACUUUGCUCUUUAGAUGUUUCUUUUACGAUCAAUGAUGUAGCACAGAACUGUUGCAACAAAUGAAGCUACAUCAGGACCUUGCGGAUCUUCGAUGUGGCACAGAGUGCGUUGACGCAAACAAUAAAACUUGGAGAUAAGAUUGACGACAUGCCUCUAGGAUUAGGCUGCGCCGCAGACAGUAUGGCAAAAAAACAUCAACUGGCCAUUCUCUCCCUCUCCCGUAAUAGCAGAUAAGAUUUGAAGUUUAGUGAUCUCUCUCGGUAUUGACUCUCUCUUCUCUGACGGUCACAGAAGAGAUUUUAUGUAAUCCCCACUGUGCUGUUGCAUUAACUGCUUCUCAACAACAUUUCUAAUAUCCAAGCCGAUGGUCCACUGGUUACGCUUACCCUUUCUGGUUCGUUACGAUUUUUCAAUAGGGACACUGGUGCUGAGCUCUUUAGUUGGGAUGGCGUUCAAGGAUGUGCGGUUGCCUCUGUGGCUACGGUACGUUGUACAUGUCUUUUUUAGCUUUGAUGAACUAUUACAUAAGAACAGAGUAGCAAAAGCUUUUAUCUGAGAAGGUAGAGCAGGUACUGAAAAUUUACAACACGACAGGCACCAGACGCCAGCUUUGCUUAUUUCGGAGGACUGUGUGGCUCCCUGUGCAAGAUGGAACCGAGCAACGGAGCGGUUGUGGCGCGCACGUUUUUGAAGUCACCGAUUAUCAGGGUAACGGUGUCCAGCGGUGGCUGUGUACAAGCAACCUGUAAAGACCAAACUGUUCGUCUAUGGGACUUGGAGCUCCAGGGCGAACGCAAAGUAGACUACAAGCAAUACGGGUUUGCAGUUUCGUCCUGCAACGUGACAAGCUCGGAUGGGCGGCAGAUGCUGAUGGUCGUAACGAAGCAAAAGAAGCUCGUUGCGAUUGAUGUGGCGCAAGCCUCUGUUGCCGCUGCGUCCGACCUGGGCGGGGUCCCUGCUGGGGCUGAAGUAACCGCAUUGGCAGGACUUUCAGUCGCUGGGCAAGGAGCAAAAGUGUUAUGCGAGGUCCCCCAAUGAAUUGUAGAACUACAGUCUGUGUGUGUGUGUGUGUGUGUGUGUUUUCUGGAUUACACAAAAAUACAUGUUCAGUUUCCAGGCAAUAACUUCAUCAAAGCGAUUCUCAAAAUAUCAACAAAUAGUGACAGCCUCUUCCUGUCUUCAUCUUUGGCAGUCGCCCUGCGUCCGGACGAGACCAGUAACCGUAGUGAGAUGCACGUGACACCUCGUUCGGUGGUACUUUUCGAUGCCUUAACGGGGAAGCGCGUUGGAGAAAUCGAUGCGGCAGCCUCGAAAGGCAACAUUACCGCCAUGGACUUUUCCACAAUGCCAGACGGGAAAUUAUGACAAACAUUAGUAUGACCUGCAGUUGACGUAGAAAAAGCCCGUGUAUACAAGAUGUCAAUUCAUCAGCCUGAUUCUAAUGCUUGUUAUUCUAGCCGUUGGAGACGACGCCAAGAACGUGCGCGCCGUAUCCUUGCACUCCUGGGAUGGAAAAGUGGAGGGUGAGGUAGCUGGAAGAAGCGUAGAUUGGACUGGCUUCCAUACCUCGAAAAUCACUGCUCUCCAAUGGUUGUCGAAUGUUAUGGUAGCGGAGUAGACAGAGGUGUGAAUGCAAUUUAGUAGCUUUUAUUGUACGUUGGGAGGCCUGUUGCCUGAAGAGGGUGCAUGCGAUGCGCGGUGGCUUUCAAGCCUCGCUUAACGGUUUCGGGCCCUCUUUUAACGGUUUCGGGCCCUCUUUUAACGGUUUCGGGCCCUCUUUUAACGGUUUCAAGCCUCGCUUAACGGUUUCGGGCCCUCUUUUAACGGUUUCGGGCCCUCUUUUACCGGUUUCGGGCCCUUCCCUAACGGUUUCGGGGGCUUCCUUAACGGCUUCGGGGCCUCUUUUAGCGGUUUCGGGCCCUCUUUUAACGGUUUCGGGCCCUCUUUUAACGGUUUCGGACGCUUUGCUUAGCGGCUUCGGACGCUUUGCUUAGCGGUUUCGGACGCUUUGCUUAGCGGUUUCGGGGGCUUUGCUUAGCGGUUUCGGGGGCUUCCUUAACGGCUUCAGGGCCUCUCUUAGCGGUUUAGGGGCCAAGGCCCCCCUUAGGUGGUGCGCCGCGGUCUCGCUUAAGUGGUAGGCCGCGGUCUCGCUCAAGUACUGCGCCGCGGUCUCGCUCAAGUGAUGCGCCGCGGCCUCGCUCAAGUGAUGCGCCGCGGCCUCGCUUAAGUGAUGUGCCGUGGUCUCGCUUGACUUCUGCGCCGCGGUGUCGCUUGACUGCUGCGCCGCAGUCUCGCUAAUGUGCUUCGCCGCAGUUUCGCUUAAGUGAUGCGCCGCGGCCUCGCUUAUAAGUGAUGCGCCGCGGUUGCGCUUAACUGCUGCGCCGCGGUGUCGCUUAGCUGCUGCGCCGCGGUCUCGCUUGUGUGCUUCGCCGGAGUUUCGCUUGCGUGAUACGUAGCGGCCUUCGACUGAACUGGGGGCUGCGGGAUUAUUUCAUAGUACCUUUGUGUUUCUAUCAAGUUUGGGAUCAGCACAGGCAUUAUUUCUAAUGUGUCGGACGGUCUGCUGCUGGCGUCAGGCUCGCUGGAUCGCACCCUGAAAGUGUGGAAGCUUGAAAAACCGUCGCCCGUAUUCGAGGUGACAGACGUACACAAGGAAGGAGUGCUGGCUGCAACAGCGACCCAGGGAGCUGCGAUUAUGAAUAAUAGAGAAUGUUGAAGAUGAGUUUGAUUUGGUUUCGAAAAAUCAUGGCGAUGUGCAUAGGUUCGAAAAAUCAUGCUCAUCAAGUUAUCGCUUCUAAUCUACAAGGACCGCUUCUUCUCACCGGUGGAGGCGAUGGCUGCGUAAAAACGUUCGAGCUCUGCUGAAUUUCGAUAUUCCCGCAAGAAUGGAUUUGGUGGCUUUGCAAAAUGCAAAGCUUGGAUUCCGUAACACAACGAAGCCAGCGGUUGUCGGCUACUCUCUAAUCUCAACGAAAGUGUAUUAAAAAAGUCGUAGAACAAGAGCUGUAGGUUCUUUCGCUCCGUAUGGUGUGAUCGAAUUGAUGUCCCAUUUUUUCAUCUUUCGAAAACGUCGCGCCACAUAACUAGUUUACCUGCGAACAAGAACCCGAAGAACCGACCUUACCUACAGUGUAAGUUGUACCAUCUUUCACCACGCAACUGCGGAGAGGUUGAGAAGCAACACUUGCAGGAGAC